AUGUCAAAAGCCAAAGUCCCUCCACCCCCAGCACUUCCAGAAGGAUGGGUAGCUGAAUGGGACGAAGAGUAUCAGAGAUACUUUUACGUGAAUACUGCUACUGGUGCUUCACAAUGGGAAGUGCCUGCCCAAGAAAAGGCGGCCCAUGCAUCUCGUCCAGCAGCCCCCCCUCCUCCUCAGGAAGCUCAAUACUCACAACCUGCUCAGUCUCAGCAAGUAUAUCAGCAACACCCUCAACAGUUGCAGCAACAACCUCAGCAAUUCCAGCAACAACCUCAGCAAUUCCAGCAACAACCUCAAUACAUCCAGCAACAACCCCAGUUCCAACAACAACCUCAGCAACAACAGAGCUCAGGUUCCAGUUGGAAAUCUACCGCGGUGGGUGUAGGUGCAGGACUGAUUGGAGCAAGACUCAUCGGUAAUGCAGUGGUUGGAGGAAGAGUUCGUCGCCGAAGAAGAUACGGAUAUGGAUGGUAG